AGAAUGUAGAGAAUAUUAUUAGAGAGUAAGAUAUUGAAGACACAAAGAGAAGAAUUUAUAUUUUAAACAAAAAUUAAGAAGUUGUCCUUCUGACCUGUGAAUCUGUCAGAGUGUCAGGGGCUUUUGAAAAAGGCUGAGACAGAUGUGAUAAAAACUGGAGUAACAAAUUAUAAAGAUCUCAAAGCUUGAGCUGUCCUGGUUCAUUGUAGAAUAUAACUAGUGUUAUUUCUCUACAGGAAAUUUUAAUUUUUUUGCUCUCCUGAAUCGUAACAAACACAAUUCCAGGACAGAGCUGAGACUAGGUCGCUGUCAAGCUGGAAGACUGAGCUGGGAACCAAUCAGUGCUCAGCGUCGCUGUGUGUCUAUAUAUACACACACACAGUCCUAGACCUGGCAUCUCAACUCGGAGACUUUAUUAUAUUUUUACUGUCAGGUAUCCAGAUCUCAACCAUGUCGGAAACCGCACCCGCCGCGCUUCCUGCUCCUGCUCCCGCGGAAAAGACGCCUGUGAAGAAGGCCCGCAAGUCCGCAAGUGCCACCAAGCGCAAGGCUUCCGGGCCCCCUGUGUCCGAGCUCAUCAUCAAGGCUGUCGCCGCCUCCAAGGAGCGCAAUGGCUUGUCUCUGGCCGCCCUCAAGAAGGCGCUGGCGGCAGCUGGCUACGACGUGGAGAAGAACAACAGCCGCAUCAAGCUGGGUCUUAAGAGCCUGGUGAGCAAGGGUACCCUGCUGCAGACCAAGGGCACCGGCGCCUCAGGCUCUUUCAAGCUCAACAAGAAGGCGGCGACCGGGGAAGCCAAACCGAAAGCUAAGAAGGCGGGCGCGGCCAAGCCCAAGAAGGCUUCUGGGGUGGCCAAAAGGCCCAAAAAGACGCCGGGUACGAUCACUCCGAAAAAAAGCGCCAGGAAGACCCCGAGGAAGGUGAAGAAACCAGCGGCGUCUAAGAAAGUGAUCAAGAGCGCGAAAAAGGUGAACACAGCUAAACCGAAGAAGGCAGCUAAGAGUCCAGCCAAGGCCAAAGCCCCUAAGCCCAAGGCAGCCAAGCCUAAAGGAGGCAAGCCCAAGAAGGCGGCCCCCAAAAAGAAGUGAGUUCAAGACUAGUUCCCACUACCUUAAAGGCUCUUUUCAGAGCCACUCAACUACUCAUUAAAGAGCUGGUUAUACCGCUUUGGA